UGCUGUUGCGCUUCCUUCCUUUCACACAGCAGACCAACAACAUGGCUCCCAAAAACCCAAAUAUACACAUGAUUCUCUGCGUUUUGAUGAUGUUUGUCAAGACCACCGAGGCGUUUGACGGAGGAGACGCGGCGGCUUUACUGCUGGGCGCGAGCGUGACGCUUGUUGGACUGUGCGCGUGCCUGGGCUGGUACGCGCGCACACGAAACGGACAGUUUUGAUGGUCAACCUGGACUCCAAAGGCCUCAUCCGGAAAUGUGAAUGAGUGCACAAGAACUGUCUCGCAUUUAUACUGAAAACAUGCACCCAGAGGAAUGACCUGUAUGGAUGAUAAUAAGCCGUUGAUGUUAUUUCUGGCGCAUUAUCCAUGCCAAUGUCACUUAUAUGGGACAUUAAAGUUGCUUCCUUCAUUUCACCGCGUGAAAACUUCUGCAACAGUAUAUCAGCGUUACAAAAGCCCAGGAUAUUAUCAUGCAUACAUUUUCGGACACUUUUCUAUUGACUUGGACACACUUCUGGGCUUGAUGUUGCGUUUCUGCCAUUGUAAUCAGUGCAAGACAAUCUCACUGUAUUUUCAGUUUUAACACUGUAUGGAGAAGAAUGUGAUGAACACUCCUACAAUGUGAUGAAUGGAUGAUGCUUUGUCUGUCUGUACAAAACAUUUAUGCUAAAACAUUGCCACUGUGCUUUACUGAGGCAGUGUGAUGCUGCUUGCUUUAAUAAGUCUUAAAGGUAUAAUCUUUUUAAGCUGUACUGUAUUUGCCAAUCGUGUCCAAGUGUGAGACUUUAGAUUUGAGACUGAUCCUGUUAAUCACACCGACGCAAACAGAAAUUUCAGGUGUGAAAACUACUACUGUUUUUUCCCCCCCACAAAAUGGGCUUUAAUGAAAUGGACCAAAAUAAACUGAAUGUACAAUGGCUACAA